CAAAACCAACUCCUAGCACUUGUAAAAGGGAAUUCUUAAUCCCUUUCUCUAAUUUAACUGGGCACCUGGAGGUCCUUAUAUCAUAGAGAUGGGUAAAGAUAUACCAGCCCACAGUGAAAAGAAGUAGAAAGCAGAGAGACAGGAAGUGAGCUACGGAGUUCAAAUACUCUGAAGGUCAGAGUCUCUUUUGUCUUCCUUCCAAACCUUUGGAAAAAUGAGUUGGAAUCGGUACCAGCAGGACAUGGGGAGGUCUAACCAUGGUUGGCAGAGCAGAGGCUCUGGAGGUUGGAAUGAGCAUCUGCACCAAGGAUCGGACCCAAUGUAUAUCAAGGGUGCCUGCAAAAAUAAUGGAAGAGAAGGGGCCCGAGGAGGUAUUGGUGUCUACUGGCCAGAAGCCAAUGAUCUAAACACAAGUAGUACAUAUUCUGGACGCCAGACAAACCAAACUGCUUCUUUAGAAGCAGCUACCAGAGGGAUUGAGCAAGCUAAGGUCCAAAACUUUGACAAAGUCACUGUGCACUCAGAUAAUCAACUUGUCACCAAAGGAAUGAAUGAAUGGAUUAACAAAUGGAAAGAAAAUGGCUGGAAAACGAGUAGAAAUAGGGAUGUUGUCCACAAAGAUCAAUUCAAGAGGUUGGAUGAAAUGACUCGGGACAUGAAUAUUGAAUGGAAGUAUGUUCCUGCUCGUUCAAAAGGAGGCAAUGCUGAAGCUCACAAAUUAGCUAGAGAAGCUUAUAGAAAGUGAGAAGACUUUGGUAUUUGUGAAUGUUUAACUGCAAUAUAUAAUCUCCAGAUUUCCUGCCUUGUCUUAGAGCUGUGUUCUAUGGUUAGCUUUGGACAUUUUCUUCAUAUACUUAAUAAGUUUUCUCUGCUAUUUUGAAUUUCUUUUAAAUAGUUGAAAUAAAUGAAAAACAACUAGACAA